AAUCCCAUGUUUUCCACGUAAGAAACGUCACCGUCCCGUUCCGUUCGUUUCUCGCUUCGUUUUUUGACGGGGGUGUUUGCUGUUAAAUGAAGACAGAAGCAAUAGGCUGAUCCACGUCUCACCUCUCUGUUCGAGGUCAAGGGAAGCGAGAGAAACAGAGUGAUGAGAGAGAGGGAGGAAAAUAGAAGAAGCAAACUGUCGGGAUAGACGAGAAGGAGCUCCCAAGUCGUGCAAAAUCAUAGGCGGUUUUGGAGUAGCAGCAAAAUGCAGAGGUCACCGUGGUAAUCGCCAAGAAUUUGCAGUGAAGGACUAGAACCACCAAGUCUGGUAACGGCGAGCCGAGCUGGAGCACGCGAAGAGGACAACGGAUCCCGCAGAUAUAAGAAGAGAGCCUCAGAGGCGAUUUUGAAGAGGAGAACGGAGAAUCUAGGGCGUCAGAGAAACGAGGCGAAGGAGAAGGAGAGAAAACUCGGGAAAAGGUUCUCAAUUAGGAUUUUCUAAAAGGGUGUCGUCGAAGCCGUAACAGCGGCCUUAGGUUCAUACCACAAGAAAAUUGGAGAGAGAGCGAGAAGAUAAAAUCAGGUGAAAAAGGAAAGCCUUUUUUGGGUUUCUUCUUUUGAACCGAAAGGGGAAUAAUCGGGAGUUAGAAUCAAGGGAGAGAAAGAACAAAUUUAUAGGGUUUGAGAAAGAAAGUAGGCUUGAAGAUAAAGGACCAAGGAGGGCAUUGAAGUUGAAUUUCAAAUGAAGCAUAUAAUUAAGAUCUUGACCCUAUUUGUGACUAUAUCUGCCUUUUGGAUUGGGCUCAUACAGGCAUCAGUAGUUUCACGGAGCCACACUUGGUUGCUGCCAAUCUACUUUAUAGUGUCGUUAGGAUGCUAUGGUUUAUUAAUGGUUGGAAUUGGUCUGAUGCGAUUUCCAACUUGUCCUGAAGAAGCACUGCUGUUGCAGCAGGACAUUCAUGAGGCCAAGGGCUAUCUGAAGCACAAAGGCGUUGAUGUUGGUUCUAACUAGCGAGCUUAUCGCAAUUUUUCGAAGAUGA